GUGGCGGGGCCGCUAUGGCGGCGCCCGGAGCGCCCGGGCCGGGCCCUGCCGCGGGCUCUGCCCCGAGCUCUGCCCCGAGCUCUGCCCCGAGCUCUGCCCCGGGCUCUCUCCCGCCUCCUGCCCCGGGGACGCUCCCGCCGCCGCUCCCGCUGCCUCCCACCGUGCUGAUGGCGGCGCGGGCACAGCUCGCCGCGCCCUCCCGCCUCCUGCCCGCGGCCGCCGCCGGCGCCGCGCUCCGCCUGCAGCUCAGCGUGGAACCGGCCCCCGGCGGCCGCCGCCGCUUCCGCCUCGGGCUGAGGCUGCCGGAGGCGGGAGGAGGCGCGCCCCUGGCAGAGUUCGACCUGCGGGACGUGUCCUACCGCGUGCGGGGCCCCGCGAGCCACGAGCUGGAGCUGCCGGGACCGGGAUCGGGAUCGGGAUCGGGAUCGGGAUCGGGACCGGGAUCGGGAUCGGGAUCGGGACCGGGACCGGGAUCAGGGACAGGGACAGGGACAGCACCGGGGACGGGCUCGGCGACGGUGACCCUGCGGUUCCCCGAGGAGCGGGAGGCGCAACAGUGGUGGACGGUGCUGAGCAGCUCCCUCAGGGAGGCUCGGAGAGCCUCGGAGGGCACAGCGACGGCCGCGGGGGACACGGGGACAGCCGCGGGGGACACGGGGACAGCCGCGGGGGACACGGGGACAGCCGCGGAGGCCCCACCCUCGUCCCUGCCCCCGUCGGACCCGGAGCAGGACCCGGAAGAGCUGCGGACCCUGGAGCUGGCAGAGAGAGAGGAGCUGUGCCUUCGCCUGGCCGAGGCCAUCGGGGCCGGGGACGAGGCGUUGGCGGCUCAGAGCGCGGCGUCCCUGGCGCGGCACCACACGGAGCUGAGCGUGAGCCUCAGGGACACCAACUACCCCGGGGGGGAGCUCAGCAUGGCCGUGUGGGUGGAAGAUGCCACGUCCUCGGCCAACAUCACCCUGCGGGUGCGGCCCCACCUCACCAUCGGCACCCUCAAGGAGCAGGUGUUCCAGGAGCUGGGUUUCCACCCCCGUGUGCAGCGCUGGAUCAUCGGGCAGUGCCUGUGCUCCGACGGGCGCUCGCUGGGCUCGUACGGGGUGCGGCGGGACGGGGACCCCGCGUUCCUGUACCUGCUGUCUGCGGGGGUGGCGGGGCUCACCCGCCACGAGCAGGCCCAGGCGCUGCUGCGGGCCCUGCCCGGGGACGGGGCGGCCACCGAGGCCCAGGGCAACCAGGGCAACCAGGCGGGGCCUGCGGCGCCUCAGCGGGGCCGUGUCCCGGAGCCGGGGGAUCGUUUGGACAUCGGGAUGAUCCAACAUCACCUGGACUCGCUGCAGCUCCGGGACGGAACCGGGACCCCUCCCGGGACCCCCGCGCCGGGACCGCCCUGCCCCGAGCAGGGCUGGCCGUGCCCCACGUGCACGUUCAUCAACAAGCCGACCCGUCCCGGGUGUGAGAUGUGCAGCUGUGCCCGACCCGCGGGGUACCGGGUACCGGGGGGGCACCAACCCGACCCCAUAGAGAGACAGAGGCUCCAGAGGGAGCGGGACGGGGCACGGCAGUGCCAGCAGGCUCUGGAGGCCGAGCGGCAGCAGAACUUCCAGCAGCUGCUGCGGGCGGAGGAGUCGGAGCUGGUGCCGAACCCGGAGCCUCUGGAAUGUGGGAUCUGCCUGCAGGACGUGCCGGCCGGGCAGGGGGUGCUGCUCCGGGACUGCCUGCACAGCUUCUGCAGGGAGUGCCUGCGCCAGGUGAUCAACUACAGCGAGGAGCCGCUGGUGGGGUGUCCCUUCCGAGAUGUCACCUACACCUGUGACAGUCACCUGCAGGAGAGGGAGAUCCGAGCGCUGGUGUCCCCCGAGGAGCACCGGCGGUUCCUGGAGCGGGGCCUGGCUCUGGCCGAGCGGCGCAGCCAGAACAGCUUCCACUGCCGGGGCCGGGACUGCCCGGGCUGGUGCUUCUACGAGGACGCGGUGAACGAGUUCCCGUGUCCCGUGUGCGGGGCCCUCAACUGCCUCCUGUGCAAGGCCAUCCACGAGGGGCAGAACUGCCGCCAGUACCAGGACGAGCUGCAGCUGCGGGCGCAGCACGACGCGGCCGCGCGGCAAACCAGCGACAUGCUGCAGACGCUGGUGCAGCGGGGGGAGGCCAUGCACUGCCCCACCUGCCGCAUCGUGGUGCAGAAGAAGGACGGGUGCGACUGGAUCCGCUGCACCGUGUGCCAGACCGAGAUCUGCUGGGUCACCCGCGGGCCGCGAUGGGGGCCGGCGGGCCCCGGGGACACCAGUGCCGGGUGUCGCUGCAACGUCAACGGGCAGAGGUGCCACCCCCGGUGCCAGAACUGCCACUGACCCCCCCGGGCCACCCCCGUGGGGACGGGGACGGGCACAGGGACCCCCGGGGACCCCGAGGGACGGACGGAGCCGGGCCCGGGGCUGAGCGUGGGCACAGGGGAGUGCCACGGCCUGGGGACAGCGAGGACGGACACGGGGACAGCGGAUGGACAGAGGGACGGAGCGGAGGGACGGAGGGACGGACACGGCGUGGGGAGGAGCCGCGGGCACCGGGACAGCUCCGGGGGCUCUGCCCGCAGGGGGGGCCCACGGUGGGCACAGCACGGCCCGGGGGGGCCAAUAAAGCACCUGAGUG